CACUUUAAAUUGAGUCCUCAGCAACUAAAGCUGGAAUGCAAACCAUUAUACUGCUGAGUGUGUUGGUACUGGGAGCAUCAGUAGUGUUGCCAGACCCAGACACAGCUGGAGAGAUGGUGUCUCAGGAUCCCGUACAAUGUGCAAAAGGCUGCAGCUGUGUGCAUGAUGAGUACAGCUUGGAGUUCAACGUCUACUGCAGUGCUCAAAACUUAACUCAAGUACCAGCUGACAUACCACUGACCACACAAAUUCUCUGGCUAGAUGGAAACUUAUUUACUUCCCUCCCCGCAGCAUCUUUUAGGGAUCUAAGCAACCUGGACUUUUUGAAUCUUCAGAGUGGCCAGCUGUUGACCCUUGACCCUCAGGUUUUCAGAGGCCUCCGAUCCCUAGCCCACAUGCACCUUGAGAGAAACCGCCUCCGUGUUUUACCAGCUCCAGUCUUCCAGAACACACCUAACCUUGCUUCACUUAGCCUACAUAACAAUCAGAUCAGUCGCAUUGAUGAAAGGCUUUUUGCUGGGCUCUCACAAUUGUGGUUUCUAAAUCUAGGAUGGAACUCCCUUACAGUCUUGCCGGAAACCGUUUUCAAUGAUCUGGUAGGUUUGCGAGAGCUGAACCUUGCAGGAAACAGACUUGCUUACUUGCAGCCGCAGCUAUUCCAAAACCUUGGUGAGCUAAAAGAGCUUGAUCUGACAGGAAAUUACCUAAGAGUUAUCAAAGCUAAUGUGUUUGUUAAACUCACUAAACUGCAAAAGCUUUACUUGGCCCAGAAUCAGAUUGGGACAGUAGCACCCAGGGCGUUUGUAGGCAUGAAGUCGCUCAGAUGGCUGGACAUGAGAAACAACAGACUGACUUCUCUGCAUGAAGACACGUUCCUAGGCUUGCACAGUCUUCAUGUAUUGCGCCUUUCCAACAACUCUAUCGCCGGUUUAAGGCCCAGGACUUUCCGUGACCUGCAGUACUUGGAGGAAUUAAGGCUCAGUUACAACAGGAUUAGAACUCUAGGGGAGAGGGUCUUCGAAGGACUUGGCCAUCUGGAGGUUCUAGAGCUGGAUCACAAUCAAGUACAAGAAGCACGAAUGGGAAGUUUUGCUGGCUUGUCCCGUGUAGCUGUCAUAAACCUGUCUGGGAGCUGCUUCCAAAGUCUGCCUGACAACAUGUUUAAAAGUCUGUCAAAACUUCACAGCUUACAUCUUGACAGAGGUUGCCUCACGAGAGUGACAGCUCUAGCUUUUAGUGGUCUCUCUGGUUUACGGAGGCUUUUCCUUCAACAGAAUAAUAUCACUGUGGUGGAGGAUGAGAGUUUUGUGGAUCUGAUCGGCCUCCUAGGAUUGGAUUUAAGUGUCAAUAAGCUGGAGGUUUUCACAGAUCACACUUUCUCUGGCCUUGGGAAUCUGGAGUACCUUCUGUUGUCCAAUAAUGAUUGUCGGCAGUUUUUGCAGAAUGGCACAAAGCAGGUACUUCCUCGCCUGCGCUACUUGGACCUACGGUCCAAUGCCUUGACAAGCAUAGCCACCAAUUUCUCAGAGAACAUGGAGAAACUUCUGCUGUCUGGAAACCAGUGGAAAUGUGACUGCAAGACACUCCCACUCAGAAACUACAGCUUACAGAAACCUCAAGUCAUCCCUCGGCAAGUAAAGACCCAUGCAGAAGCUGAAGAACCUGACAGUACAAUCACCAUAUAUAACAACAUUACAUGCACAAGUCCACCAAAUAUGGUAGGACAGGACCUACGGGAUGUGGACAGUGAACACUUCAGAGGCUGCUGA